UCUUCGCAGCUGAGCCACUUCGGGACAAAAGGACGAGGAGGCCAGCGUCGGGAGCUCGGCCGGGAUUUGCAUGUAAAUAAAGCCCCCGCUUGCGCCUGACACCCGGACGACGGCGGUGGUGAGGAGGAAGUCGCCCCUGAGUCAACAGCUAUGAAAUAACUUGCUGUUUGUUCUACGAGGAUUCUUCGCCGUUGAGAGCUCCAGAGUCCUUGGCCUGUGACCCUGUGACCCCGCCGCCCGCGUGGGCUGAGCAACGGCUGCCGCCCAGAGAUGGAGGGCGUGCAGAUCAUAACCGCCUGAGGGCGUCGACGCCAAAGCGUACGAGAGGCUGUGUGCGAACCGCCCACUAUGCUCUGCUACCUACACACAGACGACAACCAUUUCGCCGAACCCCGCCCCGCCCACGCCCGCAGAUGACCUAGUGACGAGCAUGUCCCUCAAGCCCCGAGGAGCUCCUGCGACCUCCGUCAGCCCUCGCCACGGCCUCCCCGCCCUUCCACGCCCCGUGCGAGAGGUCGAUAGGCCGCUCGGCGUGACCUUGCCCAACGAACUGUAGUGUGGGUGGAGUGACCUUACUUUCCGAACUGACCCCUACCACGGUAAACAUAGUGAACACAGACCAAACGCAUAAAGAAAAGAAUUGCAAAAAACAAAAAGUGCAAAAGCAUAUCAAGCGGCACGUGCGUCAAACGAGUGAGCGGAAAGAAAUGAGAAAGCAAGCGAGCACUUAGACGCGCGCACGCCCCCGGAAUCUAGCGAGGCUCUCGAGGCAAAGCCGCAGCCAUGACGAACCUCACGCUGCCCGACGUCGAGGAGUGGCUCGAUGCCCACUUCGACCUCGCCUCCGACUACUUCGUCAGGAAAGCUGACCUCGGCACUGUCAACAAGUGGCUAGUCGCUCACGGCUUCCUGACGGUUACCCAGGGUUCCUCCAGUCGCAGGGGCUCGGCCAACCUCAACUACAGCCCCUGCGUUAGUCCCUGCGUUAGUCCCUCCUCGCCAGUUGACAACGACGACGACCCUCGACACCGGAGGUCCAACUCGAAGAAAUACCUCCGCCACAACUUCGCUAAGUCCAAGAGCAAGUCCGUGUUCAGGACGUGUGAGCCGUCGGCGGCCUCGGCUGCGGCGGAGGCUAGGAGGAGCAGCUUCAGAGCCAUGAGGAAGUACAGCUCACUCCCUCCGUCCUCGAACUACAUCCUCUGCCUCCUGAUCGAGUCCAAGGUGCGGCUCCCACGCUUCGAGAGCAUCACCCUCGACAGCAAGAAGGAGAUGCGACGCCAUGACGAGAAGGAGUUCUUCCUCGACAUCGUCAAAGACAUCGCUAACGACCUCGACCUCAAGGGACUCACGCAUAAGAUUAUCGUCAACCUCGGUCUCCUCCUGAACAGCGACGGGGCCUCCCUCUUCAUCGUGCAGAGUACGAGCGCGGGGAAGAAGGUCCUCGUGUCGAAGGUCUUCGACGUGCACAGUGGUACCAACAUCUACCCUGCGACCACUGAGGACAAUGCCAUGGAGGUUCCCUGGGGCAAGGGCAUCAUAGGGCACGUUGCUGAGACUGGCGACACUGUCAACCUCCAGAAUGCCUCGGAGGACCCCCGCUAUAACGACGAGGUGGACAGGAUCACGGGCUAUCGGACGGACACCCUCCUCUGCAUGCCCGUCAGGAACUACUACGGGGAGAUAAUUGCCGUCGCCCAGGUGGUCAACAAAUGCCCGGAUGAGAUGGACGGGAACUUCACUUACUUCACGCCUAAGGAUGAGAGGAUAUUCGAGACGUACCUGCAGUUCGUCGGAAUCGCCAUCACAAACGCCCAGCUGAUGGAGGUGUCGCAGAGCGAGUACGAGAGAAAUAGGAGUCUGCUGGAGGUCGUCCACGACUUAUUCGAGGAACAGACGUCGCUGGAAAACGUCAUCCUCAAGACCCUCCAGCGGGCACAGAGGCUCCUCAAGUGCGAGCGCGCCGCCGUGCUGCUCCUCGAAGACGUCAGAGGUUUACAGGAGGCUAUGUCAUUCAUGUGUGAGACGCGUUUUAGGGCCACAAAGGGUGAGCUCCUUCGGGGGUCACGGGGCCACGAGGUCAGGCGAGCACGCCCCUCAGAUCCUCCUGAGUUAAGCUAUCUUAUGUCGCCGGCGCAGGAGGACCAGGGCGGCCCGCGAGCCACCCCUGUCAGGCACAGGGUGGUGAGGCGUUUCUCGCGGACCUCGCUUACUAGACACUCCUCCAGGGCCAAUAACAAGGCGCGGAGUUUGCCGUCGCGAGCCAUCGAGACCUCUACUCCCCACGCCACACCUCCAACAACUCCACCUGUUCCUUCACCUUCACCUCAGGACACUGUGACACCCAACACGGCAGCUGCAGGCAAGAAACAGAAUGUGAAAUUCUCAAAGAUCUUCGAACUGAACUCACCCGUUGCUGGCCAGCAGUCUAACAACGCCAAGGAAGUGGGAUCGAGUGAGCUGACGAAGCACCUCCUCCACUUAGCGGAGCAGGUCGCGUCUUCGGGAGAGAAUCUCAACAUCGCUGACAGCAUCGAGGUCGAGAAGGGUAGCGGCGGCAAUGUGAGAUCUAUGCUUGCGAUGCCCAUUCGGAACAGGAACUUCCAGAUUAUAGGUGUAGCGAAGAUCAUUAACAAGCUGAAUGGACAGCCCUUUGAUGACAACGACGAGCAGCUCUUUGAGGCUUUCACCAUCUUCUGUGGACUAGGCAUUAAUAACACCCUCAUGUACAACGAACUGGAGAAAGCUAUGGCGAGGCAGAAAGUUGCUAUCGAGGUCUUGUCUUACCACGCCACCGCAUCAGCUGAGGAUGUGGAAUCACUACAGCGAGAGGUGGUGCCGGAGGCGUCGACGUGGAGCCUAGGGAGCCUUACCUUCGAUGAUUUCUCCCUCACGCAAGACCAGAUGCUGCUCGCCGCCAUGAGGAUGUUCAUGGACCUUCGCCUCGUCCACAGGUUCAAGAUCGAGUCCAAGACCCUGCUUCGAUGGCUGAUCACUGUGAAGAGGAAUUAUAGAAACGUCCCUUAUCACAACUGGAGACACGCCUUCAACGUCGCCCACAACAUGUUCUGUCUUCUGAAGACCUGUGGGCUACAGUCGACGUUCGAGGACAUAGAGUGGCUGGGGAUGUUCGUAGGAUGCCUGUGCCACGACCUCGACCACAGGGGCACCAACAACUCCUUCCAAGAAAAGACUGGCUCGGCGCUGGCACUGCUCUACGGGACGCAGAACACCAUGGAACAGCACCACUUUAACCACGCUGUCAUGAUCCUUAAUUCUGAGGGACACAAUAUCUUCAGUAACCUGUCGUCGUCUCAGUAUUCCCGUGUCAUGAACGUCCUCAAGCUCUCCAUCUUGGCUACUGACCUCUCUAUCUACUUCCAAGUGAGGUCAAAGUUCUUCCCCCUUGUUGCCAACGGAGAGUUCGAUACUGACCAGAAGGAACAUCGUGACAUCCUGAGGUCACUCCUUAUGACAGCGUGUGACAUCGCGGCUUCAUCCAAGCCCUGGGAUACCCAACUCAAAGUGGCCAAGCUCGUGACGUCAGAGUUCUUUGACCAAGGCGACCUGGAGAAGAGCAAGCUGAAGAUCACGCCCCCCGCGCUGAUGGACAGGGACCGCAAACACGAACUUCCUCUCCUGCAGAUGCGUUGGAUUAAAGACAUCUGCUUGCCGCUCUUUGAUGGCCUGGCACAAGUGAACCCCAAGAUGGCACCCAUGCGAGACGGCGCCCUCAGGAACAUGACGCGCUGGGCCAAGCUUGCCGCGUCCCAGGAGAACGGCCUCUCUGACCUUCAGGAGCCUCCCGACAUACCCCGGGUUCCUGAUGGAUAGUCUACGUUGAGCUGCUGGAGGAACCAGGUGUGCGGCCUUCUGUGAAUCGCCUCUGCUGAUGCUGCUGGGGACGGAGA